UUUACCAUUUAAGUUUAACUCAGUCUCUAGCUAUUCUAUUUUUAUUUUAUUUUUUUUUUCUUUUGGUUCAUUUGAUUUGAGUUAUCGAGCUUAACCGAGUUGCUCGUGAGCUUGAAGCGAGUCGAAUUCGAGCUAAAAAAAAGUUCAUAACAAACUCGAGUUUUGAGAUUGAUCUAAUUUUAACGAGUCGAGCAGAGUUGAAGGUAAGUUCGACUCAUUUCCACCCCUAACCUAGAGGAUGCCGGUAGCAAAUUAAAACAAAAUCGGAAAAGGGUGAAUCUGGAAAAUCAUCAUGUAACUUCUUCAAUCUUGGCCAAUUCUUCUUAACGGGUCUUUUCGAUUUCAUUUCACUGUAAGAAGAUGGCGAAGAAGAAGAAGAAGAGCGUGCAUCUACCUCAUGAAGUGAUAACGGAAAUCUUAUUGCGGUUACCGGCGAAGACGCUAGUCAGAUGUAGGUGCGUAUGCAAAUCAUGGCGUUCUCUCAUCUCUCAUGAUUCCCAUUUUGCAAUUUCACAUUUUCAAUUUACCACCACGCAUAAACUUUUCUUUAUAUAUUAUGAUGUUCCUAAAACACUAUCCAUAGAUUUUAAUGCAUCGCUUUAUGAUGAUACUGCAUUUUCUUCUUCACUACGCCUUCGUUUUUUGCCUCCCCGAGGAUCUCGUCUUCAAAUUGGAGGUUCUUGUAGAGGCUUUCUGUUUUUGCAUUGUCACAGAAGCAUCUACCUAUGGAAUCCAUCUACUGGUAUCCACAGAAAAAUACCUAUUGCCUCCAAUCAUAAUACUUCCAAGUUGUUGCUUUGUGGUUUCGCAUAUGACACGAUAGCUGAUGAUUACUUAGUUGUUUUGGGGUCCUAUAAAUACAUUGUUACCUUAGAUCCGGUAUAUAGUCCGGUUAACUUGGAGAUUUUUUCAUUGAGAGCUAAUAAGUGGAAACAAAUCGAGGUUGCUGCUUAUUUGCCUUAUAGGAAAACUGCUAACUCUGUUGAAGGUCCCAUAGUUGGGUUGUUUUUGAAUGGUUCUAUUCAUUGGUUGGUCUGUAAUUAUGAGACUGGUGAGAAUUUUAUUACUUCCUUUGAUUUAAAGGAAAUGAGAAUGUCAGAGAUAGCUUUGCCAGAUGAUUUUUGUAUGGAGUUGGAGUUGUACUAUUCAUUAUCUUCUAUAGAUUAUGAUUUGUUUGAAUUUUGCGGACAUAUCAGUGCAUGGAAAGUGGAGAUGCAGACGAUUGAGAUAUGGGUGAUGCAAGAAUACAAAGUGCAUUCAUCUUGGACUAAGACUGUUCAUUUUUCUUAUGAUCCAGCUCCGAGUUUUAACCCAAUAUACUUUACAAAUUGUGGUGAUAUAGUAGGAACAGUUGGUGAUGGUGGAUUAGUGAAGUUUAAUGACAAAGGAGUAAUGCUAGAGUAUCGCUCCUAUGGUGACUGUUUCUUUGAAAGAUCCCAAAUGGUGGUGUAUACAGAGUCUCUGCUUUCAUUCCCGGGUGGUACUACUGACCAACCUUAAGAAGUUGACUAGUGAUAACAAAAAAGAAGAAUGUGAUUGUGGAAUACAGAAUAAUGAACAUAGUUGAGAGUGUAGUUUGCAAAUCCUCCGACUUCCCAAGGUUCGCGAAUUGUAAGGCCUUCUCAGCAGCUCAAAUACCAAUUCACAAAUUGUUAAUCUAUGUCGUUUCUCUCUUGCAGCUCCUUAGUGAACAUUAAUUUCAUUUAGUCAUUCCUAGUAGGUAGUUUAAUCUAUGUUUAAACUUGAACAAUUGAUUUUAAUUUGUUUUGGAUGAUUGUGUUUGAUUUGUUUUUUGUUUCAUUUUGCUUUAAUGCAUAAUCUUUCUUUA